AGGAGAAGACCGUCGCCGUCUGGGACAUCAAGGACCAGGUCACCGUCGCCACGCUCACCGGUCACGAGGGCGACGUGACGGCGCUCAGCUUCUCCGAGAACGGGUACUACCUCGCCACCGCCUCCCAGGACGAUGGCACGGUGAAGCUCUGGGACCUGCGGAAGCCUCUGAACAUUCAGACGCUGAAGGUCUCCGACGGCCCCGUCAGCUCGGUGAAGUUCGACUCCACGGGCCAGUACCUCGCGGUGGGCGCGGACACAGUGCAGAUUUUCAAUUUCGAGACGAAGUCCAGCCUCGGCGCGACGGUAGAGCUGAAAGACCACUCCGGAUCGGUCACGGGCAUCUGCUGGGGCCAGCACGCCAAGUCGGCCGCCUCUGUUUCCAUGGACCCGACCGCACCCUGCGCCUUUACAAGGUCAAGUGAGGGGCCCUCCUCCUCCGCAGCGGGACUCCGCUGGCGCGUCCCAAUUAAGACGGCGGCGGGAGCGCGGGCGGCGGCGGCCGGGCUGCUCCGGCGGGAGCCGGGGGUCCCUCGCUCCGAGGUCUGGCGCGGGCGUUGGCUUGGUGGGGAAAGGCUCGUGCCAGGGUCCUCCCCCCCCCUCUCUGUGCCCCCCUCUCUGUGCAAUUCGUCCCGUUUUUGCAAGGGAGUCUUGCGACAGCACGCGCGCGAGGGCUUCG